AUGCCUAGCUACGCCAAGUUCAUGAAAGAUAUUAUAUCAAAUAAGAGGAAGCUGGAGGACAAUGAAACAGUCAUGCUUACUGAGGAGUGUAGAGCAAUUCUCCAACAUAAAUUACCAUCGAAACUAAAAGACCCAGUGAGUUUUACUAUUCGUUGUAACAUAGGUAAUUUGUAUAUAGAUAAGUCAUUGUGUGAUUUAGGAGAUAGCAUUAAUUUAAUGCCUUUGUCUCUUUUCAAGAAACUAGGUUUGAGGGAAGCAAAACCGACAACAAUUUCACUGCAGUUGGUUGACAAGUCAAUCAAGUACCCUCGUGGUAUUUGUGAAGAUAUUUUGGUGAAGGCUGAUAAGUUUAUCUUCCCAGCGGACUUUAUUAUUUUGGAUAUGGAGGAAGAUAGAGACGUCCCCCUCAUAUUGGAUCGCCAAUUUUUUGCUACAGGAAGGACUCUGAUAAAUGUGCAAAAGGGUCAGUUGAUAUUGAGGUUAAAUGAAGAAGAACUGACAAUCAACAUGUUUAGAGCUUUUAGAUUUCAAAGCGAAUCGGAUUCUUGCAUGCAGAUUGAUGUAAUAAAAGCUGUGUCAGAGAUAUUCAAAUUAGAUUACCCUCAGGAUCCGCUUAAGGUUUGUUUAGUGCAUUUGCAGGAUUUACCAUCAGAAAAGGAGGAAGCAGAAGAAUGUGUACGUUAUUUGGCAACCAUACCACCAUUCUUUAAGCAACCAUGA